UUUAUCAUAAAACUGAUAAACUGGAUUUAGAAAGUACACUAUGUCAUAGUCCUAAAUUCAAACGUAUAAUCGAAUACUAAAGAGUAUCCCUUAAUCAGUAUCAAAAACAGUAAAGUUAUCCAUAAGUCAAUAAUUUUGAUUUGAUAUUCUAUAUAUUUAUGACCUUUUAUUAUAAUUACAAUAUUUUUUGCCCUUUAAUUUUAUUUGCAUAUUCACAUUUUUGAUGAUUAUUUCUGAACCAAAGUAUUGUGGAUUAUUUAACUUAUAUAUUAUCGGUCCAAAUAGUUAAAAACCAAUUUAGAGAUGUCAAAUGAAUCAAAAAUAAGCUGGAGUUGUAUGAAUUCCAAAGAGGAUUUAUUGAAACUUUUUUCUGGUCAUGUUGAUAUUGAUGUUAUUGAAAUGAUGAUUGAUAACCGCAAUAAUUUGUUAUUGGCAUAUCGUGACCUUAUGGAAAUUACCAAAAUUCCGAAUUCUGAAACAAAUUUACAAUUGUCAUCCAAUGAAGACGUAUUAGCUGCCACUUCUGAUUUAAAUAGUCCUAAUAUUAUUAACUGGGAACGUUUAUCAAAAAAUGAAUCGCCAACUAAUCGGAUAUUAUAUUUAGUAUCGAAAGGCUUUAAAGUUAUGGUAUUGAUGAGAGGAUGUCCAGGUAGUGGGAAAUCUUAUCAAGCCACUAAUAUUUUAAAUAUGUGCUAUAAAAAUGCUAAUGUUGAUGAAUUUAUAUUCAGUGCAGAUAAGUUUUUUAUAAAUAAACAAUCGGGUGGAUAUAAUUAUAUUCCUUCCAAAAUAAGACAAGCCCAUCAAUGGGCUCUUGAAAAUACAAAAAAAGCAGUUUUAAAUGAAGUUACUCCUAUAAUUAUUGACAAUACCCAUAUUGAAGCUUGGGAAAUGGAAAAUAGUAUUAAAAUGGGUGUAAACAAUGGUUAUUGGAUUGAAAUUCUGGAGCCCAUUUCUGAAUGGGCAUGGGAAGGAUCAGAGUUAGCCAAAAGAAAUAUUCAUUAUGUUCCUUUAGAAUAUAUUAUGAAUUCUAUACGUCGAUAUGAUCAUUAUAUCAAUACUGAAAAUUUUCUAACUAGAUUUAAAUUAAAGUAUAGCAAAAAUAAUCAACCUCCGCAAUUAUCAAAUAAUAUAAAAAAGUACCAGCUUCAUGAAAAUCUUUUAGAUGAAAAAAAAAAAAUUAUUGAACCCAUAAUUGCAAAUUAUGAACACUUUAAUAAUUUAUGUAUAUCACAGAAACAAAAUAAUUAUAAAAAUGAAAACCCGUGUACUUCAUUUAAUAAUAUUGAUGAAGAUCCUUGGAUUACUAAUAUGAUACAAAAAAAAGAAGAACCAGUACUUUUUUUAGUAAAUGAUCUUGAAAAUCUAUCAAAUGAUAUAUCUGAUAUAAAUGAAGAUUGCUUUUCUACAUCCCCCUUUGAAGAAGCAUCUAACUUUACCAAUAAAUCAGUCAAUACAUAUGAAAAUGAUUUCUUAUUUAUGGAAGUUUUAAAUGAAAUACCCGAAGAAGAAUACAGCAGUUAUGUUAUUUUUGGCAGAAAUAGAAAUAUUAAUGAUGGAAAUCAUAGUAUUUCAGGUACAUUUUGUGGAAAAUUAGAUAAAGGUACUAUAACUAAUGAUGAGCUCAUAGGAAUCAUCCAUAAACCAAAUAUAAGUGAAAUUCGUAAGCAGUUUCCGGAAAAUGUUUGUUCAUUAAUAAUUGAAUUGUUUGAUAAAUGUGAAGGAAAUAUUGAUUGGAUUUUGGAUAUGUUAUUCGAGUUAGGACAUAAUAUUUCAAAAGAACAGCUACAAAAUGUCAUUCAGAUUGAAGAAAAUAAUUUAGCUGAAAAUAUUCAAGUUCAAAAUACUAUUGAAAAAAUAAGACCAAAUAAACAAGAUAAUGAUUUGUCUAUCAUCUUUCCAAAUUCUAAAUCAAACACUCUAAAAUAUAAUGAAGAUACUUUUGGUAAAAAAAAAAAGCAGGGAAAAAAAGUAAUGGACACAAAAGGCAAAAAAUUUCACACAACUCAUCCUAGUUUUAGUAUUGAUCUCAGAAAAAAUAUUGAAAAUAAAUUUACAUUUGAUGAUUCAUUAUAUUCUGACCAUGUAUUAAAUAUAAAAAAAUUGAAAGAAAUUCAUAAUACACCGAUAAAUUACAAUUUAGUUAUACCAUCAACAUCUGAUGGUAUUAAAAAAGAUUCAAAAGCAGAAAAUGAUCCCAAAGAAAAGUUUGUUCAGUUGGUUAUAGAUACUUCUGUACUGGCUCAAUUAUGUGACUACUUUGGUGAUUUUUCUUCUGAUCUUAGUAAAACCGCAUUACCAAUGUCUGUAAGAUUACCUGAAAAGUUAGCAGAAGAUCUUUAUUACUGUUUGAUUGCAAAUGUACCUACAGAUAUUUGUGAGCAAGAAGCUAUAUUAAAAGAUGAAACUUUGGCCAAAACGUUGCAAGAAGAGUAUAAAAAAUCAACAUCUAGUAAUUCUAAUUCUGGAGGACUUUCUUUUGCUGCAGUUUUAUCAAAACAAUUAUUAUUGGAAAAAUUCAAACAUUUUGAUUCUAAACUUAUUAUGGAUGUUUUGCAUUCCAAUGGUUAUAAAUUUGAAGAAUCGUGUAACAUAUUAACUGAGUUAUCUGGAAGAAGAUGUUUAUCAAAUCAAGACUCUCCCAACAUAGAAAAUGAAGAUAAUUAUAUCAAUAAAGUCCAGCCUAUUGUUCAAAAUUAUGAACAAGAAGCUUUAAAACAUGCACACUCAAGACAACAGUUUUUAAAUAAAGCUAAUCAAUCAUUAAGCUCAAAAAUACAUCCUGCAGUGACUGCAUAUUAUUUAAAAAGAGCAGAAGAAUCCAAACAAAAUGAAAAACAUGCAAAAAAUCAAGAAUUAGUCAACAUGAUUAAGCAAAAUGAAAGUACUACUUUAGAUCUCCAUCAUUUCCCUGUUAAAGAUGCUAUAUUAGCAUUGGACAUAUACUUGGAUAAACAUAUAUCUUAUUUGAAAAAACUCAAUGAAAUAUACAGUCGAGGUAGACAGUUGACAAUUAUAACAGGUCGUGGAAAACAUAGUCCUAAAGGUAUAGCCCGCAUCAAACCAGUUGUAAUACAAAGACUUGAAAUAAGACGAUUAAUGUACUUAGAACCAGAAUCUCCAGGGUUAAUAAUGGUUAUUAUAAAAAAGAACUCAUUGCUUAGUUUGGAACUUUAAAAGUUAAUAACUAUAUUGUUUAAUAACUUUUAAAUAAUAUUUAUAGAUUUUAUAAAUAUAUGAAAUCAAGUAGAAAUAAGUUUAGACUAAAUAUUUAUUUACUUACUAAUUUUAAUUCAUCAAUAUUUAAUGAAGUGAAACAGUUCACAGAUUGCCAUUUUAUGAAUUACACUCUAUGUUUUGUUAUU